GCAAUAACUAGUGACUGCCACUAUAAACAUCCUUAUAUACACUCGUGAACAAACUCCUAUAUAAACUCCUAUAUGUAAACCCCUAUAUAAACUCCUAUAUAAACUCCUAUAUAAAUUCCUAGAGUUACUCCUAGAAAUAUGCCUAGAAAAGCUCAUAGUCGUAAACCAUUAGUACAAUCACUACACGACAUGAUCUGUUUAUAUUUGUUCCAGAAGUGGUACGACUGCACACACGCCUUUUUUUUUCUCGAUUACACGAAGGAAACUAUUCACAUUCUGUUCUGUUAAUCAAUAUGAUCCAACUGUAAAACCAGUUCAUAUAUAAAUUCUUUUACCAGUUGUAUUGGGAAUUUAAGUAUUAAAGUCAGUACUUAAACAAUACUCAAUCCCAUGUCCGACGAGAAGUAUCAGUCGAAUUAUCCUAAUUCGCAUUAUUUGGCGAAUAUCAACAAUCCCAACCUGACGAAUCAAAAGAUCAACUUGAAUAGACUCCCUACUCUAGGAGAAAUACUAGCUAAUAAAACUAAGAAACCAGUUGAUUUAUAUACGUUCUAUACGUUUAUGCGAGAUGUGGAGAACAAAUCAGACUAUUUGGACUUUUGGUUUGAUUUAAUAAAUCAUCUUAAUUUAUGUAAACAUUAUGUUCAAGGUUUAAGAGAUUCCAUUAUCCGACAAUCAACAGCUGCUGAUACAACUACACCUACUCCUGGUGUCAAUAGAACGACUAGUACGGCUCGUGACUCGAUGCCUAUACUGGAAAAGUCAAAGCAUAGAUCUUUAAGUUCAUCUAUAUUAUUGGAUUUAAUUGUUAGUGAUAAUAUAUUGGAAGAUAAUGAUUCUAAUAGAUUAUCACAAUUCUUAAGAGGUGAUAUCAAUUUGGAUAAUGUUGAUCCCAAAUUGAAAGAUUUAAUUCAACAAUACGAACUGCAGUAUCCUAGUCAACAUCAACGUCAUAGCUCAGGAGGAGAUAUUUCAGUAUCCAAAAGAUCAACAAGUCUCAGAUAUUCACCUAAAUUACCAUUUGCUCCUCCAAUGUCUCCCAAUACAGACAAAAGAAUAAGUUCCCAAUCGGGAUUAUUGCAUGAUGAUGAUAAUGAAGGUAACGACACCACGGACUCCCUUGUAGACAACCAAUUAGAUAUUGGAGAAGCAGAUCGUGCCAUGAGUCCUACCAAAUAUAUUUCCUUACAAGCCAAUCAAGCGUUUGGAAUAGAUGAUAGCGAUGAUAAUCGAAGAUCAGUAUUGAAUCCUUCAUUAUUAGAAAGACUAAUUAAAGAAUCACCUGCAUCAACUGCCAAUAACUCAUUUAUCACUAGAGACAAUUUAAGAGAAUCAACUCAUAAUUUAUUAUUAAAAUAUUUCGUAGAAGAUUCAGAAAAGAAUUUGAAUUUACCAUAUAAUUUAAAUAAUCAUAUCAUUAAAUCUAUCGAAGUAGAUGGUAGAGAUGAUCCAGAUAUUUUCAAUAAUGUUAAGAACUUUGUUUUCAGUAAAAUUGAAAAUGAACAUUUACCUAAAUUCUUAAACUUUAUGGCCAUUAGAAAUAUCAACCAUUCUAAUUUCUUUCGUAUAUUUCUUGGAUUUAUUCUAUUAUUUGGAGCCUUUUGGAUUAGUUAUAUCUUUGUAUUCUUAGACUAUAGGAAAACUUUAAGGCCAGUCAUUAUAGCUCCAUAUUUUAUUGCAUUUUAUUGUUUAGUAUCAUCAAUUUAUUUAAUAGAUCCAAUCUUAGUAUGGUUAGGAUUUAGUGAAUCAUUUUCGAAUUCAAAUAAUCGAUCAUUAAUUAAAAUAGAAGAUAAGUUCAUAUAUAAAUUAUUGACUAAAAGAAGUUUAUGGGUAUUAUUUUUAAUAUUAUUAUUUACGGCCAUAUGGACAAUUGUAUUUAGUUUAGUUCCCGGUCAUAGACUUUAAUUAAUUCUAAAAUUUUUUUAAUACAAAUGGAUUAUUGCUUUAUAAUUAUAACCAUAUAUAAUAUAUAAACAAGAAAAUGGAGUAGUUUGAACACAUUAUUAAAUAAAUAAUAGGAACAAAUCUAGUGGUGGGAGAUAACUAAUAUGACAAAAGGAAUUUAUUAUUAAUUUAUAUGAUAU